AUGAGCAAAAGGAAAUUUCAGCCGAAAAUUUUGGCGCAAUAUGAGAGGAUAUUUUGUAAAACAGGAGAAGAGAUGUUAGAUGAUCAGUUUAUGCAGGAUUUAUAUGUUAUGAGAAGUAAUUUGAAGGAGUUAGAGAGGAUUCUUAAGGGGUUAUCACCGGAUGAUCUUCUUAGACGACAGAAUAAUAUAAGAAAUAUGUUUAAAAAAGGAGUGUUAAUUAUGAGGAAUAUGGAUAUGUUGAGAGUGGGGAAUGUACUUGAUACGCUUAAAGUGUUUUUGAGGGUGAUUCUUCAAAAGAAAUAUAAUAAUUUUACAUUGGAUGUUGUCCAUAUAAUAUCAGGACUUGAUAAUAUAGAGAAAAUUUUUAUGGAUUUUGUUAUAUCAUUAGAAGGAAUGAUUCAAAAGGAAACAAAUGUUAUACUUAGAACAAAGGCAUUGAAUCUUUCAUUAUGUACAGUAUGUCAUGGAUUUAACUCAGAUAUUAUAUCAUAUUUUCAGUAUAAGGAUUUUUUUCCAUCAAUUAUAAAGUAUAUUACAGAUCCUAAUACAUUUUCAAGUGCUUUUUUGGCAUUUCUUUUUCUUGGUGUUUUAGCUAAUAACAAAAAAUUUGAAUCACAGAAUCUUUAUCAAACACGACUAAGUGAUUUUGUUGAUAAUAAUGCUAUGGAACUGAUCAUUGAUAUUAUUUCAAGAAUUUGUAUUGAAUGUAAAAGUGAAUAUAUAUAUCUUCAAAACAAUGAAUCAGAUAAUAUCUGGAAUAUUACAAAUUUAUUAACAUAUUUUAAUGAUAUAUUCUUUAGUUCGAAUAGUCAUAAAUCAACAUCAUUGGAUACUAGUAUUAUUAUCUCUGAAGAUGGGUUUUCUAAAUUGCCAAGCUGUAAGGCUGCUAUAUUGCUGCCUAUAUAUGAUUUUAUAAAUGUGAAUAAGGCAUUUUGCUAUAUAUUUAUUACUUUCAAAUCAUCAACAAGUGAUUCAGAAGCAGAGUCUCCAUUUUCACAAUUUAUUUCAUUUACUUCAUAUUUAUUAGAAUAUCAAUCUCAAUCAUUAAGAGCUAGUCAUUAUGCAAGACUUGCACUUUUGAUUAUUUAUAUUCUAAUUGAUGAUGAUGGAUGCUUUGAUGCACUUGUAAGAGAUACUAAUAGUUCGGUUGUUUAUUUAUGUCGACAAAAACAACCACUUCUUCCAUUGAUAAAGAGCAAAAGAAUACUUUUAUUAGCAAUUCUUGAUGCUUUAAUUUCAAGUUUAGAUCAUAACUUGAAAAGAAAUCUGGAUAUAGAAAAAUACAUUCUUCAAGUUAAAAUACUAUUAAAUAUUAUCAGUUCUCUUGAAAAAAGGAAAUGCAGACUAGAAUACCAUUGGAAAGAGGUUUGGAAAUUUUUAAUGCAUUUCAUUAUAUUUCUAUCAGCAAAUGCAGAGAUUCUUAAGCAAAGUUCUCAUAUUGAAGAGUUAAUUUCGAUUUUAUUUAAUCUUGUCUCUUUAUGUAUAACACGAGGAGAAAAUUUCCUUCUAGAAUUCAAGGAUUUUGAAGAUCUAAUAUAUAAAUUAAUCCAGAAUGGAGAUAUCAUCAGAAAUUUUAUAAAAAUCUAUAAAGUAAACGUACCAUCAGCUAAAACCAUUCAUUUAGUUUCUGAAUAUUAUGAAAACCUUUUAAAUAAAUACAAAUCUCACGAACUUUCUUCAAAAAAAGUUAUGGAUAUUAUUAAAGAAGGAUAUGGAUCAUUUGAUUUGAAUUUAAUAGAAAACAAAGAAACGAGUUUUCCUUAA